AGCGUCAACAUGCGAUCCUCCAACGAUGUUAACGAUCAUCCACAAAAUAACCAUUACAAAAGCGACAUAUAUCACACAUUCCAAUUUUGUCAUUGGAUCUUGAAGCCUUUAGGCAUCUACUUUUUCCUGCACGAUCACGUGAACAAAUUCGAGAAAAUAGUGUCUGUGUUGUUAAUCAUAAUUUGCUGUUCAAUCUUGCAAUUUGUCAUCGUGCCAUUCGGUUAUUAUAUCUUGUUCUAUGAAAAAGACAUGAACAUGAAAAUCAAGUUCUUGGGUCCAUUAGCAUUUUGUGUAACUGCACUGUUUAAGUACGGUUACCUUGGCGUAAAAAGUUCAGAACUCGGUCGUUGCGUCAAACAUGUAAAGAAAAAUUGGAAGAUGCUGCAAGAUAAAGAUCAUCGUGCAAUCAUGGUUCGAUACGUAACGAUGGGCAGAAAUCUGAUCACUUUAUGUGCGGCAUUUAUGUACACCGGUGGCCUGUCUUAUCACACUAUUAUGCCAUUACUGUCGAAGAAGAAGAUUAAUGAGAACAUCACGAUCAGGCCGCUCACCUAUCCUGGCUACGAGGCAUUUUUCGAUAUUCAAGAAAGCCCCACGUAUGAAAUCGUGUAUUGUAUGCACUGUGUUUACGUUCUGGUCACAGGUAACAUCACGAUGGCUGCAUAUAGUUUGACGGCGAUUUUUACUACGCACGCCUGUGGACAGAUUAAGAUACAAACGUUGAGGCUGGAGAACCUGAAGAAGGAUGGGAAGGCGUUGGAAAAUGGGAUCGAGGAUCAUCUGGCGGUUAUCGUGAGUGAACACGUGGAGAUUCUGAGAUUUACGAAAAACAUUGAAAUUGCAUUACAAGGAUUAUUCUUGAUAGAAGUAAUGCUGUCUACCUUGCUAAUAUGCUUACUCGAAUAUUACUGUAUGAUGGAAUGGGAGACUAGCGAUUCAGCCGCGAUCUCAACGUAUAUCAUUCUUUUAACUUCUUUCACCUUUAAUAUACUGAUAUAUUGUUACGUAGGAGAGCUUCUUCUUGGGCAGGGUAGCGAAAUCGCGACCGCUUUGUACGAUAUAGGAUGGUAUAAUCUACCUGGGAGAAAAGCUCGUGACAUCGUUCUGGUGCUCGCCAUAUCGAAAUACCCACUGAAACUCACGGCUGGAAAAAUACUCGUUCUAUCGAUGAACACUUUUGGUGUUGUGUUGAAAUCGUCGCUAGUUUACCUGAACAUGCUGCGAACGGUUACUGAAUUCUAAAUAAAGUUACCAAGAUAUGGUAAAGGAAAGAACCCUGUACCUGAAUUCUACGUGAUUUAUCGGAUACGCUGCGCUUAAACCGAAAUAUAUUGUUGAAAUGAUUAGAAUUAUUUUAAUAUAAUAAAGUACUUGUGUUACGUAUUAAAAUAAUUUGGAAGAUAGAUUUAUCCAAGAAAUAAUUGAAAAUUAAAUUUACGAUUAUACGUUAAGAAUUUAAAGAGAAUAUUAAAAGAGAAGUAUGGAUAUUAAAGUCAAAAAUGAUAUCACAAAGUUCCCCUAAACUUUUUGUUUCUCUUUUUUGUACUUUGUUGAACACUAACGCUAAAUUUUCAUUAGAAUGAGAUACUUGGAAAUGUAAUUUAAGAUGUAAUUGAAGAUCUAAUUUUAUAUAAACUGAAGAACAGAUAAA